UCACUCCGCAGGAGCCCGUAGGCAUGUGCGAUCUGGUGGAAGAGCUCCACGCGGGGCAGCAUUUUCUUUGACUUUGUGCUUUGCUCCCGAUGACCGUCGCGGGAGAAAGAGGACAGUUGAACUCCACGGUGGCUCCUCAUCGCCGCCACCUCGCGGGGUGACAGCAGCGGCGGCGAAUUACCGGCCCCGUCCUCCCACUCCCCUGACACCUUCGGGAGUCCCCAUUAUGGGAAGUGCGGCCAUGGACACCAAGAAGAAGAAAGAUGUUUCUAGCCCCGGGGGAAGCAGCGGCAAGAAGAAUUCGGGCCAGAAGAGGCGAUCGCUGCGGGUGCACAUCCCAGAUCUUAGCUCUUUUGCCAUGCCAUUCUUAGAUGGAGACCUGGAAAACUCGGAAAAACAUGCUUCCCGUAAGGCGGACGGUCCCUUCAGUUCCGGGAGUCCUUCCAAAGGAUUCUUCUCCCGAGGCCCUCAGCAUCGGCCCUCCAGCCCCGUGUCAGCCCCCGUGAGGGCCAGGAAUAGCCCAGGCUCUCCCAAAACGGUGUUCCCCUUCCCCUACCAGGAGUCCCCUCCCAGAUCUCCGCGUCGCAUGAGCUUCAGCGGCAUCUUUCGCUCCUCGUCCAAAGAGUCCUCCCCGAACUCCAACCCAUCUACCUCACCUGGGGGAAUCAAGUUUUUUUCCCGCUCGAGAAAAACCUCCGGCCUUUCGUCUUCACCAUCAACCCCUACCCAAGUGAUCAAGCAGCACACUUUUCCUCUGGAAUCCUACAAAAAUGAACCUGAGAGAUUAGAAACUCGAAUUUAUGCCUCCUCUUCUCCCCCGGACACAGGCCAGAGGUUCUGCCUGCCCUCCUUCCAGAGUUCAGCCAAGCCUCCCUCUGCAGCAUCGGCUCCAUAUGCUACCUCCACAACAGCGGCUGUAGCAGCGGCCGCGGCGGCAGCAGCAGUUGCAGCAGCAGCAGCCCCAGGAACCGCUGAAGCCGGCAUGCUGGAGAAAUUAGAGUUAGAAGAGGAAGCAAUAGAAGAAUCCGAAAGUGAUAUUUACAUGCGAUUCAUGAAGUCACACAAGUGUUACGACAUUGUUCCAACCAGCUCGAAGCUUGUUGUCUUUGAUACUACGUUACAAGUUAAAAAGGCUUUUUUUGCCUUGGUAGCGAAUGGUGUUCGAGCAGCGCCACUGUGGGAGAGUAAGAAACAGAGUUUUGUAGGAAUGCUAACAAUUACAGAUUUCAUAAAUAUACUACAUAGAUAUUAUAAAUCUCCAAUGGUACAGAUUUAUGAAUUAGAAGAACAUAAAAUUGAAACGUGGAGGGAACUUUAUUUACAAGAAACAUUUAAGCCUUUAGUGAAUAUAUCCCCAGAUGCAAGCCUCUUUGAUGCUGUAUACUCAUUGAUCAAAAAUAAAAUCCACAGAUUGCCAGUUAUCGACCCUGUCAGUGGGAAUGCACUUUAUAUACUUACCCACAAAAGAAUACUCAAGUUUCUUCAGCUAUUUGUGUCUGAGAUGCCAAAGCCUGCCUUCAUGAAACAGAACCUAGAUGAACUUGGAAUAGGAACAUACCACAACAUUGCCUUUAUACAUCCAGACACUCCUAUCAUUAAAGCCUUGAAUAUAUUUGUAGAAAGACGGAUAUCAGCUUUGCCUGUUGUGGAUGAGUCAGGAAAAGUUGUAGAUAUUUAUUCCAAAUUUGAUGUUAUAAACCUUGCUGCUGAAAAAACAUAUAAUAACCUAGAUAUCACAGUGACGCAAGCCCUUCAGCACCGUUCCCAAUAUUUUGAAGGUGUUGUGAAGUGCAGCAAGCUGGAAACACUGGAGACCAUCGUGGAUAGGAUAGUAAGAGCUGAGGUUCAUCGGCUGGUGGUAGUAAAUGAAGCAGAUAGUAUCGUGGGUAUCAUCUCACUCUCAGACAUUCUACAAGCCCUGGUACUCACACCAGCAGGUGCCAAACAAAAGGAAAGUGAAACAGAAUGACCACAGUGAACAUAGAAGCCUUCAGUGAAUGUAGGAGAACGUGAACAAAGUUUCUGGGUCAAGUUUUUGCCUCAUGAACACUGACUGCAAUAGAAGAGAGUAAUGGUUAUGAGAAUGUUGAUCGCGGUAGAGUGAUGGGUAAUGAAUCUUUAUUUUCCCCAGUGAUGUCUAAACUAAGCAUGACAAAGAGAGCUUGAUAGGUUUAAAGAUUGUCUUCUGUUAAAAAAAUAUAUGCAUAUAUAUAUUUCCAGACCUUUUCUGAAAGAUUUAAUAUGCUGUCAUCCUUUAAAUUGUACUAUGUCCUGAAAUUCUAUCAUUUUUUGCAAUCAAAAGAGCUCAUUGAUAGCUAAGAACGUGACAUAAGGUGAGUGUAUGGCAUAUUCCUAACCUAGUGCCUUAUGUCAGAAUACAGCAAUAUGUCAUCACUGUUGCCCAUCACUGUUGGAGAAAGUAUUUGUGUGAAGAGAAAACUGUGUUUGAAUGUGAAAGUCUUUGAACCUAUUACCAAAUCAGUUUAAGUUUUCAAUAGAUUUGUCAUAAAAGCUGUACUUUGAAUAUAAAUAGAUUUACUUUAAAACUUUAGUUUUGUGUUUAAAUGUUGCAUUCUGGACUAAGAUGUAAAACAAGACUGAUUUUAAAAACAGCUUUAUUUAUUUUUACUUUCAUGGCAAUUUUUUACACAUCUUUUGGUGGAUAGUUAAAACUUCACCAUAUCCAUUAAUAAACUGUUGAUUGUUAUACAAAAAAAUGGCAGAUUUCUCGUUAUUUGUUUGGACCUGAAGAGGAUAUGGCUUCCUGAAUAGCCCUUAUUAGACUUAAAAGUUAAAAGUUUCUAAAAGCAUGCAUUGAAACUUAUUAUUCUGUACUGUAUGGUAAAUAGGCAGCAGUUAUUGAGGAAAUGAAGUGCCAGAGAAAUGUCUAUUUUUUUCUUGUGUAUUGCAAUGUAAAAUCAUGAUGUUUGUAUGACUGCUGAUACAACUUUUUUUUUUUGUAAAUUUUAUUGUGGCAUAUACAGUAUUGUCAUACAGUUGCAAGGAGAGGAACAUUUCCUAAUGUAAAUGCUCUGAAAAUGUUGAGACUAUAUAAUUGUAGAUUUUCCUUUGCAGAUUGAAGAAAUUAAAACAAGUCCUACUAUGUCAUUUUGUUA